AGUACCAGACUUACCACCAUUUGUAAUUUUUGACAGCUGAAAGGUUAUUGCACAACUUUGACUGAUUCCGUUAUUUAUUUUUGUCUGCAGUCAUGGGUGUUAUUAAAGGAAGCAAAGAUUUGUUUGGUUAUGGGACAGUGGAUGAUAUGGAACACAUUAUCGAGCCUGUCAGUUCAUCAGACAAUGAGUCUAUUACAAAUGAGCCAGUCUCCACGCCACGCAGAAAGGCACCCCGUCCUAAGAUACAUAGUAUGCAGACAAGCAUCUCAGACCACAUUAACAGUAGGAGGAAGGGGCAGAAACAGGCUAGAAGAUGUGACAACUUGAGAGAAUUAAUCAACAUGGUAGAGAAGGAGGAUAUUGAAUUAGAUUUCAAUAUUUUUGAGCCGUCCAUAUCUGCCUUUGCUGAACUCUUCAAUGAACAUGAAAAGAUGAAGGCAUGGAAUGACUUUGUCAAUUCUACUGAGGAGGAGCAGCUAGAAUUUCUGCAGGGAGAAGCUCAACAUCCUGGUAACCAUGGCAGCAGUGAAGAAUCUAAUGACCUUGAAGGCAACAGUAGUGACCUUGACAGUUCCUGGGAAAAAAUGGAUGACAAACGUAGUGCCCAUCCUUCGUUCAGUGCUGAAGAGUGCUUUCAAAGAGUUGACAAGAAUAUUAGGACUAUGUUGAAGAGAAGACAUAAGCCAAUGGGUUUACUUGUAAGUCUGGAAGAAGAGAUUGUGAAUUUCUUCAAGGAGUGGCCACAGUCAAUUUACAUCUCGAAGUUAUCAAGUAGCUAUGAACGGAUGAUGUUACAUGCCCUCUGUCAGUACCUAGAUCUCAUCUCAAAAAGUUAUGACUGUGAUGGUCUACGUCAAACUCAGGUAGAGAAUCCACAACCGGAGUUCACAGUGCCUCAAGUUCUUCUUACUCAGUACCUGGAACAGAGCCAGAUGUCGUCAUGACAAUAGUCUGGAGUAUACUCACUCUGUAUGACUCCACCCCAGUAUUUUAGGGCUUUGUUUUUUUUUCUGUUUUAAAUAAAUGCAUGUUGUCACUGCUGUAAUUAAAUGAUUGGAACUGAACUGGCCAAUAAUUAGACUCAGAUACACCUUCCAUCAGAAGGUUUGAAAAUAUAAAAAUGCAAGGGAAAAGCCCAACCAAAAAGAUCUGAGCCUGAACCUUAUGAAUGGGGCCUAAGCAUGAUCUGCAUGGUCACAAAAAUAUGUUUUGCAGUUAAGUUUCUCUUUUAUAUGAUUGUAUUUGUUUAAAAUACAUUUAACAGAUAAUCUGGAUUUAAAUUUCUAAAAGAAUAUGAAGAAAAUAGUUUAAGAAUUUGAAUACCUCUUACAAGAAGAAUGUUAUAUGUUGCAAUGGCCCGUUUUGUUCCUAUCUUUAAGCUUUGUUGUUGUUUUUAGCUCACCUGUCACAUAGUGACAAGGUGAGCUUUUGUGAUCACGCAGCGUCCGUCUAUCUAGGUCAAGUUCGAAACUGGGUCACGUGCUGCAAAAACAAGGUCAGUAGGUCUAAAAAUAGAAAAACCUUGUGACCUCUCUAGAGGCCAUAUAUUUUACAAGAUCUUCAUGAAAAUUGGUCAGAAUGUUCACCUUGAUGAUAUCUAGGUCAAGUUCGAAACUGGGUCACGUGCCAUGAAAAACUAGGUCAGUAGGUCUAAAAAUAGAAAAACCUUGUGACCUCUCUAGAGGCCAUAUAUUUCAUAAGAUCUUCUUGAAAAUUGGUCAGAACGUUCACCUUGAUGGUAUCUAGGUCAAGUUCGAAACUGGGUCACGUGCCAUCAAAAACUAGGUCAGUAGGUCAAAUAAUAGAAAAGCCUUGUGACCCCUCUAGAGGCCAUAUUUUUCAUGAGAUCUGUAUGAAAGUUGGUCUAAAUGUUCAUCUUGAUGAUAUCUAGGUCAAGUUCGAAACUGGGCCAUGUGAGAUCAAAAACUAAGUCAGUAGGUCUAAAAAUAGAAAAAUCUUGUGACCUCUCUAGAGGCCAUAUAUUUCAUGAGAUCUUCAUGAAAAUUGGUCUGAAUGUUCACCUUGAUGAUAUCUAGUUGAAGUUCAAAAGUGGGUCACGUGCCCUCAAAACCUAGGUCAUUAGAUCAAAUAAUAGAAAAACCUUGUGACUUCUCUAGAGGCCAUAUUUUUCAUGGGAUCUGAAUGAAUGUUGGUCUGAAUGUUAAUCUUGGUGAUAUCUAGGUCAAGUUCGAAAGUGGGUCACGUGCCCUCAAAAACUAGGUCAGUAGGUCAAAUAAUAGAAAAACCUUGUGACCUCUCUAAAGGCCAUAUUUUUCAUGGGAUCUGUAUGAAAUUUGGUCUGAAUGUUCAUCUUGAUGAUUUCUAGGUCAAGUUCAAAACAGGGUCAUGUGCGGUCAAAAACUAGGUCAGUAGGUCUAAAAAUAGAAAAACCUUGUGACCUCUCUAGAGGCCAUACUUGUGAAUGGAUCUCAAUAACAAUUGGUCAGAAUGUUCAUCUUGAUGAAAUCUAGGUCAAGUUCGAAAGUGGGUCAACUGCGAUCAAAAACUAGGUCAGUAGGUCUUGAAAUAGAAAAACUUUGUGACCUCUCUAGAGGCCAUACCCUUAAAUGGAUCUUCAUGAAAAUUGGUCAGAAAGUUCUCCUUGAUGAUAUCUAGGUCAAGUUUGAAACUGGGUCACUUGCCGUAAAAAACUAGGUCAGUAGGUCAAAUAAUAAAAAAACCUUGUGACCUCUCUAGAGGCCAUACUUUUCAUGGGAUCUGUAUGAAAGUUGGUCUGAAUGUUCUCCUUGAUGAUAUCUAGGUCAAGUUUGAAACUGGGUCAACUGGGGUCAAAAACUAGGUCAGUAGGUCUAAAAUUAGAAAUAUCUUUUGACCUCUCUAGAGGCCAUAUUUUUCAAUGGAUCUUCAUGAAAAUUGGUCAGAAUUUUUAUCUUGAUGAUAUCUAGGUCAGUUCAGAACCGGGUCACAUGAGCUCAAAAACUAGGUCACUAUGUCAGAUAAUAGAAAAAACGAUGUCAUACUCAAAACUGGGUCAUGUGGGAAGAGGUGAGCGAUUCAGGACCAUCAUGGUCCUCUUGUUUAAUUACGAAUAUAAACUCAGUUAAUGAAUAUAAUUAUAUAAAGCAGGUUUGUUUUACUCUUUCCAAAAUAAUGGCAUUGAAGAUUUGGAAAACCUGCACUGCAAUUUUAGAUUAUCCAAGCUAGAUUUUUCUAUGAAAAUCUGUAUAUUGAUCCAGCGUAUUAGCAGGUCUGAUCAAGGAACUAAAUUAGGACAAUUUAUCUUGUAUAACUUUUGGUCAGAUGCUGAAAACACUGAGAACUGAGUCUUAAUUGAAAUGGCUAAGCUGAAGUAGUCUGUACUUACUUUGAUCAUUUUGAAAACUUUGCUGUCAUGUUUAGAUGUUUUUUUAGCUCACCUGUCACAAAGUGACAAGGUGAGCUUUUGUGAUCGCGCAGCGUCCGUCGUCCGUCCGUUAGUCCGUGCGUGCGUGCCUGCGUAAACUUUUGCUUGUGACCACUCUAGAGAUCACAUUUUUCAUGGGAUCUUUAUGAAAGUUGGUCAGAAUGUUCACCUUGAUGAUAUCUAGGUCAAGUUCGAAACUGGGUCAAGUGUGGUCAAAAACUAGGUCAGUAGGUCUAAAAAUAGAAAAACCUUGUGACCUCUCUAGAGGCCAUAUAUAUCACAAGAUCUUCAUUAAAAUUGGUCAGAAUGUUCACCUUGAUGAUAUCUAGGUCAAGUUCGAAACUGGGUCACUUGCCUUCAAAAACUAGGUCAGUAGGUCAAAUAAUAGAAAAACCUUGUGACCUCCCUAAAGGCCAUAUUUUUCAUGGGAUCUGAUUGAAAGUUGGUCUGAAUGUUCAUCUUGAUGAUAUCUAAGUCAAGUUCGAAACUGGGUCACAUGCGGUCAAAAACUAGGUCAGUAGGUCUAAAAAUAGAAAAACCUUGUGACCUCUCUAGAGGCCAUACUUGUGAAUGGAUCUUCAUCUUGAUGAUAUCUAGGUUAAGUUCGAAAGUGGGUCAUGUGUCAUCAAAAAGUAGGUCAGUAGGUCAAAUAAUGAAAAAACCUUGUGACCUCUCUAUAGGUCAUAUUUUUCAUGGGAUCUGUAUGAAAAUUGGUCUGAAUGUUUAUCUUGAUGAUAUAUAGGUCAAUUUUGAAACUGGGUCAACUGCGAUCAAAAACUAGGUCAGUAGGUCUUAAAAUAGAAAAACUUUGUGACCUUUCUAGAGGCCAUACCCUUAAAUGGAUCUUCAUGAAAAUUGGUCAGAACGUUCACCUUGAUGAUAUCUAGGUCAAAUUUGAAACUGGGUCACGUGCCCUCAAAAACUAGGUCAGUAGGUCAAAUAAUAAGAAAACCUUGUGACCUCUCUAGAGGCCAUACUUUUCAUGGGAUCUGUAUGAAAGUUGGUCUGAAUGUUCAUCUUGAUGAUAUCUAGAUCAAAUUUGAAACUGGGUCAACUGCGGUCAAAAAUUAGGUCAGUAGGUCUAAAAUUAGAAAAAUCUUUUGACCUCUCUAGAGGCCAUAUUUUUCAAUGGAUCUUCAUGAAAAUUGGUCAGAAUUUUUAUCUUGAUGAUAUCUAGGUCAAGUUCAAAACCGGGUCACAUGAGCUCAAAAACUAGAUCACUAUGUCAGAUAAUAGAAAAAACCACGUCAUACUCAAAACUGGGUCAUGUGGGAACAGGUGAGCGAUUCAGGACCAUCAUGGUCCUCUUGUUUUUGACAAAACGGCAUUUUAGUAAGAUUUUCUCAAAUGGAAACUAAAAGGGACAGUACAUUUUAUCUACGUAAUCUUAGAAUUAUGUUUCUCCACAAUUUCUAAAAUUUGCAUGUAGGUUUUAAAGGGAUUUGAUAGUAAGACAAAGUUUUAUACCUUUUUGAAUUAUACAAACGUCUCUUAAAAAUGAAAAGAAUGUGUAAUGUAAAUCAUGUAAUGAUAUUUUUGGUGUGUUUUGUUCUGCAGUUUAUAAGGCUACAUGCCUGCCUGUGUAAGACAUGGUUUUCCCUACCUGAGGGACAAUGUGGAAUGGAAAACCGAGCGUUUGCGAGGUUUUUUAUCCAUGCUGUCCUGAGGGUAGGGAAAACAGCUGUCUUACACAGGCAGACAUGUUAGAUCAUUUUUCUUGCCUAUCAUGUUCAAAAUAGACAGUGGAGACAAAUAGGUUUUUGGUAUUUCCUGACAUUAUUUAUAAAGUUUAUGACGUCACAAUGGUACCAGUACUGUGUGACGUCACCUUAGUGCACGCUAUUUUAGACAAGGUUUUUCCCUAGGGAAAGACAGGAAUAUCUAUCCCCGGCGCGUGCUCGGAUAAAUGUAUACUUUCCCCGCUAGGUAGGCAAGAAAAUAUUGUUACAUUAAUCUUUAAAAUAUUUAUGGCCAUUCUGUUAUGCUUUAAUCACGUUUUAGUGAGUAGGAGGUAACGGAUGAUGGAUGUUAUUUAUUAUUGUGCCCCCCAUGAGUGGUGGGGGCAUAUAGAUUUGGUCUUGUCCGUGCGUCCGUCCGUCUCUGCAUCCGUCCGUCCGAAGUUCGUGACGCGCCUAGCUCGAAAAGUAUUUGAUAUAGAUUCAUGAAACCUUGCAUGAGUCUUUAUCAUGAUAUGAACUUGCGCACCUCCUAUUUUUCGUCUGGCUCCGCCCCCUAUUUUUAGAGUUAUGGCCCCUGAAAUAGUCAAAAAUGCACAUUUUUACCUUGUGACACGCCUAGCUCAGAAAGUAUUUGAUAUAGAUUCAUGAAACCUUGCAUGAGUCUUAAUCAUGAUAUGAACUUGCGCACCUCCUAUUUUUUAUCUGGCGCCGCCCCCCAUUUUUAGAGUUAUGGCCCCUGACAUAGUCAAAAAUGCACAUUUUCACCUUGUGACAUGCCUAGCCCAAAAAGUAUUUGAUAUAGAUUCAUGAAACCUUGCAUGAGUCUUAAUCAUGAUAUGAACUUGCGCACCUCCUAUUUCUUAUCUGGCUCCGCCCCCCAUUUUUAGAGUUAUGGCCCUUGAAAUAGUCAAAAAUGCACAUUUUCACCUUGUGACAUGCCUAGCUCAAAAAGUAUUUGAUAUAGAUUCAUGAAACCUUGCAUGAGUCUUAAUCAUGAUAUGAACUUGCGCACCUCCUAUUUUUUAUCUGGCUCCGCCCCCCAUUUUUAGAGUUAUGGCCCCUGAAAUAGUAAAAAAUGCACAUUUUCUCCUUCUGACAUGCUUAGCUCAAAAAGUAUUUGAUAUAGAUUCAUGAAACCUUGCAUGAGUCUCAAUCAUGAUAUGAACUUGUGCACCUCCUAUUUUUCAUUUGGGUCUGCCCCCUGUUUUUAGAGUUAUGGCCGCUGAAAUAGUCAAAAAUGUACAUUUUCACCUUGUGACGCACCUAGCUCAAAAAGUAUUUAAUAUAAAUGGUUGAAAACUUGCAUAAGUCUUUAUCAUGAUAUAAACUUGCACACCUCUCAUUUUUUGGCUGGUUCCACCCCCUGUUUUUAAAGUUAUGGCUCUUGAAAUAGUAAACAAAAUGCACUUUUUCACCUGAUUAUGUGCCUAACACAAAAAGUAUUAGAUGUAAAUUCAGGAAACCUUGCAGGAGUCUUUAUCAUGAUGUGGCCUUGCACACUUGGCAUUCUUCUUGAGAAUCUUACUCUUAUUACAGAGUUAUGGCCCUUGAAAUAGCAGAAAUAGUAGAUUUUUUGUUUGUGAUGCUCAUAGCUCAAAAAGUAUAGGGCCUAGAAUAAUGAACCCUUUUCAUAAAAUGUUUAUUGAGGCUAUACCCCAUUAAGAUUGCAAACGUUUGAAUUAUUGCCCCUUAUUUGUGACAAAUGUACCAGUGGGGGGCACACCCUGUGUCCUACAGACACAUUCUAGUUUGAGUUAUAACAUGACGAUUCUCUUCAUUGCGCUUAUUUAAUCAAUAUUGAAUAGUUGAACAAUUAUAUUCCCCAAUACAUUUUAAGUGCUAAUCAUUUCUGUGAGUCAGGAUAAAGAUGUAAAACAUGAAA